AUCCUUCUUUCAAAGCCGCUUCCCUAUCAACUAAUGUUAGGAAGUAAAAAAGAAAACCUCGCUUUUCCCUGGUUUUAUCAACCUCCUUUCCUCCUUGUUGCAGAGGUAAGCGUUUUCAGAUCAGUGAUCUCUUUGUUGGUAGCCAGUUUCAUGUAGUGACAUUUCUUUGUGAUAAUCUUUCUUCUAUGCAAUCUGGAAGUUCCCUAGCCUUCAUGAAACCUUUCUAGUUUCCACAUUACUUAUAAGUAAAAAAAAAAGAAGAAAGAAGAAAGUACAUUCUUCCAUACUCAUGUUGUUCUUGGAGCCAACUGAGGUAUUUUCAUCAAAUUCAUGCACUGAAAGCUGCCACUCUUUGCUUCUUUGCUGUUUUUCGUUUUUAUUUUAGAACAUUUACCAAAUCAGCUCUUUGGUUCGAAAGCUACUUUCCUUCUCCGCACCUAGUUCCAAAAAAUUUCCGAGACAAGCUGCUAUGUCUUGGAGGUUCCCUUCCUUCUCCUCUGUCCCCUCCUUUCCAAUCCGUCGCCUUUCGAUGCAGAACGCCGUCGCUCUCUUUCAGUUUGGUACAAGUUUGCUUUGCGCUAGCCGUGUAGAUUGCUUCCUCUUUCAUGCUGCCUAAAUCUGGUCUAAAAGCCAUGAUUUAUGCGAAAAAGGUGAAAAGAGUCCAUUCCGCUGACACUCUCUCCUUCUCUGUUCGUCGUCAAGGCCGAUUUUUAGAGCUUUGACUGUUUCUAGUCCUCGUCGUCGAUAUUUAAUUAACUCAAAGGGAUCUGCUCCUCGUUCCACCUCCUUCUACUACCACCUUAGCAACUCCUACUACCAAACGGCCUUGGAUUAGAGAUGCACAAGAAUCGAUCAUUUUGGUUCCCCAUUUUCUUCUGUUCCAUUGUCUUCUUUGAUAUUGAAGCUUUGCACAUUCCUCUUGGUUCCAAGCUCUCGGUUGCAGAGCAUGACUGCUGGAUUUCCCCAAAUGGGAACUUCGCGUUCGGAUUUUUUAACCGAUCCGAUCAGCCUAACCAGUAUGGAGUUGGUAUUCGUUUCAACUCGAUGUUGGUGCCGUCCACCGAGCAAGCGCAUGUAUGGGCUGCUGGGGCUCAUGUUUCUGUUGGAUAUAAUUCAUCUGUUCACCUCACCGAGGCUGGAGAUCUCAUUCUCUUUGACUCCUCUAAGGGAGCUAUAGUUUGGAGUAGCAACACUCACAAUUCCUCUGUUGCUUCGGCCAGCCUUGGCGACGAUGGGAAUCUUGUUCUCUUGAAUGCACACCAGGAUGUUGUGUGGCAGAGCUUUGCUACUCCUUCGGAUACACUUCUUCCAGGUCAGAACCUUACCUCCUUGCUGAUGCUUCGAGCAGCCAGCAGGAAUUAUGUAUCGAGUUCCUAUAGUCUGUCGAUGGAUACUUCUGGCCAGCUGCAACUUAGAUGGGAGACUAAUGUCACUUACUGGAAGACUGAAACCGCUGCCUUAAAACCAAUUCUUGCUGCUGUCUUCACUAAGGAAGGGGCAUUUCAGCUUCUUGACACGAGGUUGAGGCCAGUUUGGUCGAGGUUCGGAGAUGAUCAUAAUGAUUCCUCUGUGAGUUUCCGGUUUCUAAGGCUAGAUGCAGAUGGAAAUCUCAGGAUGUACUCAUGGGCUACAUAUUCCAAGUCAUGGAGGAAGGUGUGGCAAGCUUUGGAGAAUCAGUGUGAUGUCUUUGCUACGUGUGGCUCGUCAGGGGUUUGUGUACUCACUCCGUGGGGGAAUACAACUUGCGAGUGCCCAUUUGGAUCAAACUCCAAUUCAAAUUUAAGCUGUUUGGCUCCAUACAAUCAGACAUGCAGUUCUGGAUCAACUAUGGUCACACUUAAACACACAUUCUUAUACGGAAUUUACCCACCUGAAGAUUCUAUAACUCGGUGCAGCAUUGAGCAGUGCUGGAAUUCAUGUUUACAGGAUCCUCGUUGCACAUCAGUAACUGUUACUAAUGAUGGUAAGGCUCGGUGCACAAUGAAAAGGACUCGAUUCAUAACAGGGUAUCAGCACCCCUCUUUGAGAUCCACAUCCUCUAUAAAGGUCUGCUUAGAUCCAGUUGCUGCACUACCUCGAAAUGUUUCUGCAUCUUCACCUUCUUCUGCAUCUUCACCUUCUUCUGCAUCUUCUCUGCUCAAGCAAUUAUCCAAACUCCGCAUGUCCUCUGCCGUCGGGCUAGCUUUAGGCACACUCGUUGCCUUUCUAGUAUUCCAAAUUGGUGUAUUUCUUUACUUCUUGAAGAGAAGGAAAGCCACCAAGAACUCAGGAGCUGCAUGGUACUCAUGUCAGAAUUCAAUUGGUUUGUUCUCAUUAUCCUACUCAGAGCUGAAAGAUGUAACAAGUAACUUCAAGCACCAGCUUGGGUUGAAUCUGUGCAAGGGUGCGCUUCCAACCAACCAGCUGGUUGCGGUCAAGGAGUUGAAAUCUGAUGCGGGAUGUGGGGAAAACAUAGGAGAGAAACAGUUCAGGUCUUGGAUUUCGGUAUUGGGUGGCAUCCACCAUAAGAACUUAGUGAAAUUGGAGGGAUAUUGCUGCAAUUCUGGCCAAAGAUUUUUGAUAUAUGAGUUUCUAAAGAAUUCUUCGGUUGAUAAAUGGCUACAAGAUGCUAAACUAAGCAGGAGGCUAACUUGGAGAAAAAGGAUGGAGAUAUGUGUAGGAGUGGCUAGAGCAUUAGCUUACUUGCAUUCUGAGUGCAGGGAGUUUGUCAGCCAUGGGAACUUGAAAUGGGAGAAUGUGGUCCUUAAUGAAGAAUUAGAAGCAAAGGUGACUGAAUUUGGUCUGAUGAGGUUCAGCAGCAAUGUCAUCCAAAAUAGCCAGGAGGCCGAAGUGGAUGUGGCAAGUUUUGGGGAAAUGAUUGUGAUUAUGGUGAGCGGCCACCAAGGAGAGGCUGAUGCAUGUAGUCGGGCUUACAAGGAGUGGGUGGAGGGAUGUGCCGCGAGGGUGGUGGACUCGAGGAUUGGAGGGAAGUUUGAUGUAGAAGAGGUGGAACGCAUGUUGAGGGUUGCAUUUUGGUGCAUCCAACCCGACGCAGGGCUGAGACCCAUGAUGGGGGAAGUACUGAAAGCGUUGGAAGGUAUACUAUCUAUCGAUCCUCCGCCACCUCCCUACCGUUUCUUGGAGCCCUUGGAGGAAUCAGAUGCUAUACAGGAAGUCUGUUCCUAUGAAUGAUUAACAGAUUUAUUUGGGCUUCAUAAUUUGGAAAGAGUGGCUUAAUUAUGUUGAUUCAAGUACAAGAUUGACAUGGAAAAUGAUUAGAAUGUUAGCAGUUUUGUAAGGGCAUAAAUGCAUGACAGCUUGAAAGAGAGAGGGGUUGUUGAUAUUGUUCUUGUUGCAGUAAUGGUAGGAUAACAAUUGCAGAGAUAAGAGAGCAGCCUAACUGUUAGUACUCGAAGAGUACUGUUACAACUUGCAAGUCAUGUGAUUUUGUCUUAAAUUUAGAAUAUUUUUCGUUAAAGAGAUGAUAUGAAUUGUUUAAUCUGAGUAAUUAUUUAUGUCC